CACAAGAGCUUCGCGCGCGCUCCAGCCAGAUGAUCUCUUCUCGCUCUCCAUGUCUCGACAGUUUCACCGUGCUCAGAGCAUAGACACUAGCCACUAACCGGCCCAACACCAUGGCCCAUCAAAUACCACCACCAGGCGAGGGCUACUACGUCCCGAAUCAUGCUACCCAUCACCCAUACCAAUAUGCUCAGGGGCAACCAUAUCCCCAGGAGCAACCAUAUAACCAGGGACAACCACAACUACAUGCGCAGGGGCAACCCGGGCCAGACCAGUCCCCAAACUGGGCCGACGGUCUCGAGGUCGUACCACAGGAACAACUCAAGCAUACACAACAUUGGCCCGAGGUUCGACAGGAGGAAGUGGGCAAGGAACUCAGUCCCACGACGGCUCUGGUCAACCAGUGGAAAUACAAUGCUGGUCAAGCACCCGAAGUCGCCGACCCUCAACCCGGCGCCAAGCCGAGCCGAAAGCGAUUAUGGAUCAUACUGGGGAGUGUACUUGCGGUUAUCGUCAUAGUCGCUGCUGUUGUCGGCGGAGUGGUUGGGAGUAAGGCAGCAAGGGACUCGAAAUCAAGCACGGCUCCGGGUCUUGAUACCGGUGGUGAUGGCGGCUCUUCGAUCACAAUACCGAGUCCAUCACAAACAACGACGGGAGGAGGGGCCACUUCAACAUCUGCUGCUGCUGUCGCCGGAGUUAUUCGUUCAGGUUCACCUUUGACCGUCGCCAGUUGGCGGAAUGAUAAGGGCAACGUUGGGCUCUAUCUUUUCUACCAGGACAAGAGCAACGAUGUCUACUACAUCAAGUACGACGGUUCCUCGUGGGGAAAGCCUGUCAACACCAUAACUGGUCUGAGGAGAAACACCCAUCUAACCGCCACCAUUAUUCUUAAUGGUCUAGGCAACCUCGUAAGACCGCAUGUCAUCCUUACCUACAUCGGUGCCGGCCCUACAGUACUGGGAAGGGUGAUUAACGAGAACAAUAAUCCUGCUAUCAGUAACGACGAUGAAUUCAACAAUUUGUCCCUUAAUGCCCUCGCCAAUUCAAGCACAACCAGCUACUUCCCCGCGGCGGUAUACCAAGAUCCGAGCGGUGAGCUGGGCCAGGCCCGAGUGGUAAUGCUCCACUGGCUCAAUAGGAUGACGGGGAUAAUGGCCCUUCCCGGCACAAGACUCGCCAUGGCGCCCAUCUCUAGCCGCUGGGCAAACUAUUCAGCAUCUGGAGGAUACGGCCUGAUCUACCAGGAGCCAAGCGGUCGCUUGGCCGCUGCUGUCCUUAAUCUUGGUCCUGAUUCUAGGGUGGACGCCGUUAGCCCCUGGUUCAACAGCUCUAUCUUUCCCUCUAACAUAAACCCUCCCAACGGCGCCCCCCUCACCGCCUGGGUCACCAGUCGUCCCUCCUCUCCUUCCCACUUCCCCAACACAUACAUCCUUUACCUCGACUCUAACUCUAACAUCCAGAUGGUUUACACCUCCUUCUCCGGGUCCGGAGACGGUUCCGUAACGUGGAAGACGUCCGAGCCAGAAGCGCUAAAGGGGUUGGACAAAGACACGGAAAUCGGCUGUGUGCUGAUGGCGAGUAUCGACAAGGAUCAGAAUGGGAACGAGGUUCCGAUUGAGGAGGACUCGGAGGAGGUGAAUAGGUGUUUCUUCCAGAAGGGGGGGAAACUUGUGGAGGCGAGGAUGAGUGGGAGUGCAGGGACAGGGGAGUGGAAGAUUGUAGGAGAGGUUCCGCUGCCUUCAUGAUGAAGGGAGCUCACGCAUCGGAUUCCGAUUAUCAUCAACUGAUCAGCU